GCAGAGGAGGAGCGGGAGCAGGAAGGGGAGCAGCGAGAGGAGGCGCCGCGUGCGUCCAGCGCUCUCUGGAUCUGCAGCCCCUUCGCGCCGGGAGCAUCGCUGCCCCCGCAUGCCGCAGGACUUCUCAUUCCCAAGCCUUGGCCGAAUGGAGGAGGAGGAGGAGGCAGUGAGGAAGAUGCCCCGGGAGCCCCAGGCAGGCACUGAGCUGCAGAUGGAGACCAGGGAGGACAAAUCCCUGUGGCAGAACCUCAUGGAAGAGGCUGCUUUGAGUGGCUCAAUGGCACAGGAAUCACACGGAGAGGAAAAGCCAGAGGGAUCCCCCACAAGGAGGGGCUCCAAAGCCAGCCCAGGGUGCUCUGAGGAGAAGCGGCCCCCCCUCUGCUUCAUCCAGAGGCCCAACCUGGUGGUCCAUGAGCAGCUGCACACUGGGGAGAAGCCCUACAAGUGCUUGGAAUGUGGGAAGAGCUUCAGCCACACUUCCCACCUCUUCAUCCACCACCAGAUACACACAGGGGGAUGGCCCUACAAGUGCUUGGAAUGUGGGAAGAGCUUCAGCCACAGCUCCAGCCUGAUCUGCCACUAUAGGAUCCACACUGGGGAACGGCCCUACAAGUGCUCGGAAUGUGGGAAGAGCUUCAGCCACAGCUCCAGCCUGACCUGCCACCAGAGGAUCCACACUGGGGAACGGCCCUACAAGUGCUUGCAGUGUGGGAAGAGCUUCUGCCAGAGCUCCAGCCUCACCUGCCACCAGGAGAUGCACGCCAGGGGAGGGCCCUUUGAGUGUCCUGAGUGUGGGAAGAUGUUUCAGUGGAUCUCCUAUCUCAUUGUACAUCAGCAAACACACACAGGGGAGAGGCCCUUCCGCUGCACAGACUGCGGGAAGAGCUUCAAGUGGAGCUCCCAACUCACCAGCCACCAGCGCAUCCACACCAGGGAGAGGCUAGAGUGUCCCGAGUGCGGGAAGAGCUUCUCCUGGAGCUCGUCCUUGAGGAAACACCAGCAGAGGCACCACUUGGAGCUGGGGGAGAGGCCUCACAAGUGCUUGGAAUGUGGGAAGGGCUUCAGGUGGAACUGCAAGCUGAGGGAACACCAGAGGAUCCACACUGGGGAGAGGCCAUACGAGUGUGGGGAAUGUGGGAAGGGCUUCACCAGCAGCUCCCACCUGAUCCAGCACCAGGUGGUCCACACCGGAGAACGGCCCUACGAGUGCUUGGAUUGUUGGAAGAGCUUCGGCCGGAUCUCCGAACUGAGGGUACACCAGCGCACCCACACUGGGGAGAGGCCCUACGAGUGUUCUGAGUGUGGGAAGAGAUUUCCAAGCAGCUCCGAUCUCCUCAGACAUCAGCGCAUUCACAUGGAUGAGAGGCCCUUCCGCUGCUCCGACUGCGGGAAGGGCUUCAAAUACAACUCCCACCUCAUCAGGCACCGGCGCAUCCACACCGGGGAGAGGCCCUACGAGUGUCCUGAGUGUGGGAAGAGCUUCUCCAGGAGCUUUACCUUGACCAAACACCAACAGAGGCACCGUGGGGAGAAGCCCCACAAGUGCUUGGAAUGUGGGAAGGGCUUCAGGUGGAGCUCCAGCCUGAGGGAACACCAGAGGAUCCACCCUGGGGAAAAGCCCUAUGAGUGUGGGGAAUGUGGGAAGAGCUUUGGACAGAGCUCCCACCUGAUCCGGCACCAGAUGAUCCACACCAGGGAACGGCCCUAUGAGUGCUUGGAAUGUGGGAAGAGCUUCGGCUGGAGCUCUGCCCUGAGAAAGCAGCGAACCCACACUGGGGAGAGGCCCUAUGAGUGUGGGGAGUGUGGGAACAGGCUUCAGACCACCUUCAAUCUCCUCGUACAUCAGUGGAUUCACACAAAAGAGAGGCCCUUCUGCUGCCCCGACUGCGGGAAGGGCUUCAAGCAAAAUUGCACCCUCAUCACCCACCAGUGCAUCUACACUGGGGAGAGGCCCUACGAGUGUCCCCAGUGUAGGAAGAGCUUCUCCAGCAGCUCUGCCUUGACCCAACACCACCGGAGGAUCACAGGACAGGAGCCUCACAAGUGCUUGGAAUGUGGGAAGAGCUUCGGCUGGAGCUCUGCCCUGAGAAAGCACCAGUGCACCCACACUGGGGAGAGGCCCUAUGAGUGUGGGGAGUGUGGGAAGAGGCUUCAGACCACCUUCAAUCUCCUCGUACAUCAGUGGAUUCACACAAAAGAGAGGCCCUUCUGCUGCCCCGACUGCGGGAAGGGCUCCAAGCAAAAUUGCACCCUCGUCACCCACCAGUGCAUCCACACCGGGGAGAGGCCCUACGAGUGUCCCCAGUGUGGGAAGAGCUUCUCCAGCAGCUCUGCCUUGACCCAACACCAACGGAGGCACCGCUAAGGGAAGCCCUGCGAGUGCCCCGAGUGCGGGAAGAGCUUCAUAAGGAAGCCCAACCUGGUGGUCCAUGAGCAGCUGCACACUGGGGAGAAGCCCUACAAGUGCUUGGAAUGUGGGAAGAGCUUCAGCCACACUUCCCACCUCUUCAUCCACCACCAGAUACACACAGGGGGAUGGCCCUACAAGUGCUUGGAAUGUGGGAAGAGCUUCAGCCACAGCUCCAGCCUGAUCUGCCACUAUAGGAUCCACACUGGGGAACGGCCCUACAAGUGCUCGGAAUGUGGGAAGAGCUUCAGCCACAGCUCCAGCCUGACCUGCCACCAGAGGAUCCACACUGGGGAACGGCCCUACAAGUGCUUGCAGUGUGGGAAGAGCUUCUGCCAGAGCUCCAGCCUCACCUGCCACCAGGAGAUGCACGCCAGGGGAGGGCCCUUUGAGUGUCCUGAGUGUGGGAAGAUGUUUCAGUGGAUCUCCUAUCUCAUUGUACAUCAGCAAACACACACAGGGGAGAGGCCCUUCCGCUGCACAGACUGCGGGAAGAGCUUCAAGUGGAGCUCCCAACUCACCAGCCACCAGCGCAUCCACACCAGGGAGAGGCUAGAGUGUCCCGAGUGCGGGAAGAGCUUCUCCUGGAGCUCGUCCUUGAGGAAACACCAGCAGAGGCACCAGUAAGGGAAUCCCUGCGAGUGCCCCGAGUGUGGGAAGAGCUUCGGGCACUGCUCCAACUCCAUCUUAAAACUCGA